AUGACGGCGUUGCGUUGGAAGGAAGAGUGGAUGCCAUCCCUUUCUGAGAUUAUCUCGACAUGGCGAGAUGUUCAACUCAGUGCUCUCCAAGAUGAGACAGCUUGUGAUCGUAUUCUUGGUAAUCAUGAAACCUUAAAGACAGGACGUGAAAAGGUACGAAAUCUGACCAAGACUUUCUCUCAUUUCGAUAAUGAAAAAAAACUGAGUGAGUUUAAUUCUCUUUUAAAAGAAUAUCAAGGGUAUAUUGAUCAAUUAACAGGAUAUUUAAAGGAUGCAGAGAGAACCUAUCUUGAGAUGUUUAACCGGGUAAAAGGUAUCCCUGAUCCAUAUCCACUCUUGAAGAAGUUAUCUGCAGAGAUGGAAAGUGUUUCAAAAUUAAUUGAAAGAGCGGAAGCCUGUGAUGCCUCACGUGAGGAAGUUCAUUUACUUCAGGUGGAAUUACAAGGACUGAAGGAUCAGGAAGUGACGAUUGAACGUCUACGGCGAGAACUUGCGGAAGCUAAGAGGAAUGCUUCAUUACAUGCAGAGCAAAGUGCGCAAGAUGCGACUGUGGAAUAUCAAGUCCUUUUAUCACAAUUACAACAACAAAAACAUGAAAUGCAACAAGAAAUUCAAUCUCUUCGUCAUGAAAUUCUCAAGAAAAACUUAUCGAUAGAAGAUUUAAGAAAUCAAGUGGUAGAGCUUCGUGCUUCAUUAGAAGAAGUGGAAGCUCAACGCAGUCGUGAUAUAGCGGAAUUGGCAGUAGAGCUUGAGGUGUCUCAAAGUAAUCUUCUUAAAAAAGAAGCUGAGAUACAGCGUCUUCUUGCGACUAAUAAUACUAACACUGGUAUUCAUAAAAAUACUCUGGUGAGUAGUGCUCCUGCUCCUAUAUUAGAGACACACCGUAUGGAAAUAGAUGAUAAUACAGAUGUCGUUUCCGUUCCCUCUAAAGAAGAACAAGUUGAUAAUGAAUUUGAUUUGCGAGUUGUUGAAGAUCCACCAACAUUAAUAUGGGAGGACCAAAAGAAAGAAAUAAUACAGCGAUGUGAAGGAUUACAAAAUGAAUUAAAUAUACUACAAGAAAAGUAUGAUGAAAUUAUUAAAUCCAGUGGAAUUCAAUUACGUCAAAAAGAAGAAGAACAUAAACGUGAAUUAGCACAUGUACAGGAACUUCAAAAUCGUUUGCGAUCACUUAAUUUGUAUGUUGAUCAGCUAAAGAAGGAGAAGGAACAGCUUUCAAGGGCUGUCCAAACACUUGAAGGGGAAUUAAAUAAUUUAAGUAAAACAUCUAAUUAUUCUAGUGUAGACAUUAGUUUGGGUACAACAUCUUCUACAGGGCGGGGAGAACAAGUGCGAGUUGAAAUACGAGAGAAGGAUGAUUAUAGUUUUGAAAAACUUCUUUCUUCAACUCCUACGUGGCAAGUUGGAAUUAGUGAUUCUGUAAAAAAGAAAGAAAAGAAUGAAGAAGAAAACGAAGGACAGAAAGAGGCGUCACCUUCAUUAAAUGAUGCUGAGAAAGAUCCAUUUCUUAUUGUUGCAUCUCAGAGAGAUAAGUUACGUGAACGACUUCUUACCUUAAAUGAAGUAUCAUCAUCACAGAUUCAUGCAUUAAAGUUAGAGGUGGCGAACCUUACUAAUGAGAACUGUACACUUCGUAAACAGUUAUCAAAUUUUUCAAAUCGUGAUAGUAGUUAUUCUAAUGGUUUUGGAGACUCUAUUUUUGGAAUUCCCAUCUUGACUGGUACUGAAAAAGAUGACGGUCUUCAAGCUAAAGGAGGUUUUCCACAGCUUGUGGAUACUUCUGGUGGUAUCUUUUCUCGCCGUACAACGUUGAAUAUUCUUGACUACGGAGCUGGUGUACUUUCUAUGCGUGUCUUCUCAACAACUGUGGGAAGAAGAUCUUUUGUGGUUUAUUUGGCUCUUUUGCAUUGUUAUAUGGUUUAUUGCUUGCUUUUCUGA